AUGUCGACACAGCAGAGUCUUUCAGAGGUUUAUGCCGGCUUCAACCGAGGGUACUAUCAAUUAAUAAUUCGGAAUAAAGAACUGAGCGAUGCUAUUCGCAAAUUCAAAAGUAAUACGUCCAAUCAUGCAAGAGUUCAUGGAGCCACGCCCUUUUCUUCCUCUGGAUCAUCUGUAACCCUUACCAGCUCUGCAUCCCCAACAUCAAGUAACGUACCAUCCUCUUCGGCCCGAGAUGAAUUGCAAAGAGUGGCAUCAUUGCUUCCCGCUAGUGAUGAGCCAUUUUUUGAACAAUUUUCAAGCCUUAGAAAAGAUAUAGAAGCCAAAGUAAGACUAUGGAAUGCUUUGACCGCGGAAAAUGAAAAGCUUUCCUUCGCAUUAAGACUCAAGCAAGCUAUGGAGGAUACAAAGUUUGGUUCUGAAGAGUUAUCCGCAAGUAAAAGAAUUGCACAUGACAUGUACCACGAUGAGUUGGACCUAAAAACAUCGUUCGACAAGUAUGCCAGCGACAUGAGAAAGGAAACCGGAGAUUAUGAGCUUCCAGAAUUGGACCUCGGACAAAGAUUCCAUGAAGCGGAUGUCUUCGGCAAUAGAUUUGGAUUCGGGGCAUACUAUUAG